AUGGGAACUUGGGGGACUGGGGGUAAUGAUUGUACAGAAGCCAUGUGGCAUGCACUCGCCUUGAACUUCCGAUACUUCUACCAAAGACAAACUCUCCACCCAAGAGAACUCUUGACCGGGCACUUGGGGGACUUGUUGCUGGAUCAGACUCCUGUAGAGACAGCUAAAACAGAGAAGAUUCUUAGAUCUUUAACUGACAGAUCUAACUAUAUAGUCUGUCCAAUUGAAGAGUCUAAAGAUAUUGAUGAAUUGUCCAUUGAUGAGUUACAAAGCUCUUUGAUAGUUCAUGAGCAAAAGUUUUAUAGGCAGAAUGGUGAAGAACAGGCUCUCAAGGUGUCUUAUGAUCAUGAGGAGAAGUCAAGUGGAAGAUACGAGUGUCCUACAUGGGGCAAAGGAGCAAAUUAUGCAGAGAUGGAUGAGCAAGAAGAGAUGUUUUUGAUGGCUUAUGUUGAAAUCAAUAGGGCAAAGAGAGAAGAUGCAUGGUUCUUAGACUCGGGUUGCAGCAACCACAUGUGUGGUGAUAGAUCCUUGUUUUCUGAGUUAAAUGAGAGCUUUCGGCAAGUGGUGAAGUUGGGAAAUAACACAAGGAUGAGUGUUGCUGGAGUGUUCUUUGUGCCAGAGCUGAAGAAAAAUCUUCUAAGCAUAGGACAACUACAGGAGAGAGGUCUGCUAUUCUCAUAUAGGCAGGACAGUGAAACCGGCUUUCACACAACCUCUCAAGACAUCACUCAUCUUUGGCAUUGUAGACUCGGCCACCUCAGUCACAAAGGCAUAAAGACCUUGCAGCUUAAGAACAUGGUUCAUGGAUUGCCUAAGCUUCCUGUUUCAGAUGUGGUGUGA